AUGCCGUCAGAGAAGUUGGAGCGCUUCCUACGCUGGUGUUCUGCAGCCCUCUUGCUUCUCUGCGGGCCGGGACUUUGCGCACGAACCGCUGCUGAUGCCCCUGCACUGGUCAGGGAGGUUCACAUGGAUGUUGAUGAGUCGGCUGGAGGGAGACUUUUGAUUGCUGCGUUGAACUGGCUUUGGAGCGCUUCCUUGGCCUCAUUCACGGUUGCUACUGUCCUGGCCCUUGUUAUUCUGUGCUGGCGGCCAGCUGCAAUUGUCGGCUCUGCUGGCAGAGAUGGACCUGAAGAUGGCAAGUGUGACCAGGAGCUACAACCAUGGUAUGCGUCGCUGGCCGCUUCAAUCGGGAGCCAUGUGGGAGGCAUUCUGGGCUUCCUUGGCUUCCAGAAGAUUGUGGUCGCCAGGAUUGUUGCCUGCGUUGGCGAGGCCUGGAGUACUACCAAUAUUUUACUCUGCUUCGCCAUUGUCAUCUCAAGCAUCGCUGUGGUCAACAGCCUCGUGUUCCUAGGGGUGGACUACACACGCCGCCUGGCCAUCACCAGAGCGCGAACGCAUGGACUUCGGCUUAGGCUACAGCAGCGGAAGCUUGAGCGCACAGGUCUUGGUGUGACUCUCAUGGCUUUGACGGCAGUGAUGGGCGUGAUCUAUGUGCGUGCACUGUAUGUGGAAGCCAAUAACGCGCACGAGGUGAAUUUCAACGGCAUGGGCGUAAAGGCUUCCAGUCUGGCCACAGUGCUGCUCUAUUUCGUCAGCCUGCGGAGCCUGUGUGCGUCUCCGAAGGUGCAGUUCCAUGACGUUUGCGAAGCUGAUGGUGAGCAGGUCAAUUUGGAGGAGUUUCUGGACCACGCGUGCAGUGGUGGAAGUACUGGCGGCAGAUUGCGCAAUUGGCUAGCGACUUUCCUUGGCCGCCUAGCUGGUGAGGACCUAGAACUGCUCGUCAAGAAGGGGACCCGCAAGGCGUUUUUCCACUCACCUGGCUUCGUUCCAGUUGCGCACGUGGUAGUGUGUCUGCUGUUUCUUGGAGCACUCCCGAGCGUGUUCAUGCUCGCAAUGGAGAGCACAUUCCAGCAGCCUGAGAUCAUGGACUUGCGGCCAUACUCGGCCGUGCUCCUCCCAGACUUCGACCCAUCGCUUCAUGAAUACUGGCUGGUUGUGGAAAAUCUGCCAGCGCGGAUUCAAGUAAAGCUCAGCUACGCUGACGCCAGGACAAUCGGCAUUUGUUGUGGCAAGGUACGUUGUGACACAGUCCACUUUGAACACAGCCUUCUCCAGCUCGAUGAGCUUCCGCCCGUUCUACGUGUUCCAGCCAACCGCAGUGCCAGCUGCGUCCUCACAGCUGCAGGUGUUGGCGGUUCGACUCGGACUUCAAUGAAGCUGCACGUGGAGCUCAUGACCGAUCAUCACUGGUGCCAUUGCGAGAAAAGCAUUGGCUGUCAGUGUUGUGACGGUUACAUGAGUGCCUCCGUAGACUCUCAGUCUGCUCAAAUCUAUGGCGCUUGCGAGCCGGCUCCGUGUGACAUUCCCAAUUCCAAUCGCCUACCUGGUCUGAAUUGCCAAUGCCUUCACGGCUUCGUGGGCGCAUUGACCUGGAAGGGCUCAGAAGUUUCUGGCUGGUGCACACCGCCGCCUCGAUAA